AUGGAUGGAAUCAAAUAUGCAGUAUUUACAGAAAAAAGUAUUCGGUUAUUGGGGAACAAUCAAUAUACUUCUAAUGUCGAAUCAGGAUCAACUAGGACAGAAAUAAAGCAUUGGGGCGAACUCUUCUUUGGUGUCAAGUCGCUGGGCCUUCUUUUAGGCAAUCUCCCGCUGCUCUUUCGCCUCAUCCCAACCGAUUUCACUUCUUUUGUUCUGGAUGGCAAACUCUCAGCUGUGCCAUUAGCAGCCGUUUCCCACUUCUUGUUUGGGGAGAACAGACAGUCAGAAGGCAAAGCAAGAAAGAAAGAGAAGGAGGAUGGCAUAGAAUCAUCUCAGGAUGUUACAGCACAUCUAAGGCCUCCUAGCCUAUAUGUUGGAGGUGUGCCUAUUCCACGAGAAGCUUUCAUUGGUGGCUCUACAUAUCAUCAAGCGCUUCCCUACAACUAUCAGCAUGCUAUUUCCUAUCCUUCUGUUGGGUACCCAGCAUAUGGUCCUGAGUAUUCCUAUCCUCAGAACAUCUAUAGUCCUUUGAUGUCGCAGCAGCAUGUUCAAGUUUAUGGUGUUCCUGGAGCAGCAAAUUCAGCUUUCUACCCUUAUGCUCAGUUGAGCCAGCCAAUAUCCAUUGCCCAAGGUUUUACAACGAUGCAGGGCUAUACAGUGCCUGGGCAUCAUUUUAUGCAACCUGGGGGAUCCAGUAUUGAUGGCUUAACAGCUUCACCACGCCCUGCAAAUCAUGUACCAUGUCCAAGGAUGAUUUCUAUCCCCUCCAAAAAACUGCAAGUGUCCUGUACUUUUUUUCGUUAUUUGUUUUUAAAAAGGAUGUUUAUUAGUUUGAAGUUCCUUGUACUGGGUUGAAGGGGUUGUGAUACCUGUACCGGCUCAGCCACAGUACAUUAUUCCUGCAAAUUCGUCUCAGCAGAUUUAGUGCAGCAGAUCAGAUCAUGCAG